AUGAGAAAGAGGAAGGCUGCUGAUGCAGCUUUAUUUUUGAUGCUGUCUUACUCAUUUGUCCCUUCCAUUUGGUUACUGUGCAGGCUGAAGUCCAUUAUAGGAAUGGGAACUGGAGCCGGUGCCUACAUCUUAACCAGAUUUGCUUUAAACCAUGCGGAGAUGGUGGAGGGAUUAGUUCUCAUUAAUGUAAACCCUUGUGCCGAAGGUUGGAUGGACUGGGCAGCAACUAAGAUUUCAGGUUGGACAAAUGCUUUACCAGACAUGGUCAUCUCACAUCUUUUUGGAAAGGAUGAGAUUCACAGCAACCAUGACCUGAUCCAUACUUACCGUCAGCAUAUUAUUAAUGACAUGAAUCAAACCAACCUUCAUCUCUUUGUCAACUCUUACAACAGUCGGCGAGACCUAGAGAUUGAGCGCCCUGUUCCAGGAAUAAAUGUUGUCACACUUCAAUGCCCUGUCCUCCUGGUGGUUGGUGACAGUUCCCCAGCAGUGGAUGCCGUGGUUGAAUGCAACUCAAAGCUGGACCCAACAAGGACCACACUUUUGAAGAUGGCUGACUGUGGUGGGCUCCCUCAAGUUUCCCAGCCUGCCAAGCUUGCAGAAGCUUUCAAAUACUUUGUGCAGGGAAUGGGAUACAUCCCCUCUGCUAGCAUGACCAGGCUGAUGAGGUCCCGCACUGCUUCUGGCUCCAGCGUAACGUCCUUGGAAGGACAGAGGAGCCGGUCUCACACUGGGGAAGGCACGAGAAGCCGGUCUCACACCGGGGAGGGAACACGGAGCCGAUCCCACACUGGGGAUGGUGCCAGGAACCGCUCCCACACCGACACGCGCAUCGAGCUGACGCCGAACUCAGCCAGCAACACUGAACAAUCAAGCCCCAAGUCCAUGGAAGUGUCCUGUUAAAUGGAGGUGGGAGGUUUAAACUGGUCAGUGUGAAAAAGUAAUGGAUGCCCCCUGUGUAUCACAAAAACAUACCUGGUAUUAAUCUCAAGCUAUUCUGUAGGAUGAACUCUGUUCACCAGGGUCUGACAGGGACCAAAGAAAAGAAGCAUCUCAUUUGCUCUAUCGUUAUUCGUGUAACUCAGACAGUUGCUGCUAUUGUGCCCUCCUUCAAUGGAUGCCAAAUUCUAAAGGAUACUUGCCAAAAGCUGAUGUGGUUGUAAACACUUCAGAGUCAAAGCAGACUUGCAUAAUAUCCUCCUUUAAAAUCAAAGCUGUUACAUGCCCCUAUAUAUCUUAUUCUGUUGGAGUAAACUGGCACAAUUUGAGUUUCAAAGAGGGGGAGAAAUAAAUCGCUAUUGUGGAUGGCUUUUAUAGAAGGAAACAAAGCAAAUGUGCUAUGGCCUCAUGUUGAAGCUGGAGUUGAAUUCAUUGUAUAUAGCUUGACUUCAAAUGAUAGAGAAGUUAAUGUAUCGUGCAUUUAUAGGCCUUCUAAUUCAUUAGUAUUCAAGCCUGUUUUCCUAUGUACAAUAAUAUACUACUAAAAUAGGCAAUUUUAAUGUGACUUUGAGACAAACUAAAUCUUUAAGCUUUUUUAUUUCACUUUUUUUGAGAUUUAGUUCCAGUCUUCCUUUCCUUCCACCCUCC